AUGUCGGACGUAUACUCUGUUGUACUGUGCUCGAACUCUCCACUGAUAACGCAAGAAUUGGAAGAAGUGAUGAAAGGUCUCCAAACGAGUCUCAAACUCUUUGUUUCCAAUCCGUAUGUUCUACCUGGAGGAGGAUUAACGGAAUUUUUGUUAGCUCAGUAUUUCAAGGAAAGGAUAAAAUAUGAUCCAUCUGUACUAUCCAUUUUGGAUCUAUCAAACGAGUUGGAUUUAGUUACCAAAACAUUGGAGUCAUUAAGUAAGACUUUAACAAAUAAUACCAAUUUAUUGUUGGAGGAAUAUGUGGACAUGAUGAAAGAUGUAAACAAAACAUAUUUAUCAGUAAUUACAAACGAGGUAGCAAAAUAUGGUCAAUUAAGGAUGUUAGCUUCAUUCUCAGAGAUUCCAUGCAAUUCAAUUGUUGAUAAUGAAGCUCCGACUCCUCUUGUAAUAUACAAGUUAGAGAAAUCCCCUAAAACGAAUGCCUACUUUACAACUUAUACAGAACCAAAGCAGAAUAUGAUAAUUGAUAUUGGUUUAUGUAAGAAAAAUGCCAUUCAAAGCUCUUUCCAAUGUUUUGGAACAAUAAUUCAAUAGUUGGAAAAAUAUAGAGCUCACUUAAAUUAAUUGGUUCUUAAUGUUCGUUCUAUUGAUUACAAUGAAAUUUAAAGAAAAGAUACAAAAUCUCAGAUUACCCUCAAAUUACCCAAUCAAGAUAAAACCCUUAGGUACAAACAUAGAGAAAUGAUUGGCAACGUUGAUAACGCACUAAUUAGGGCUUUGUAUUUUGAUCUAUCAAGAGACCAACAAAUCUUUCUUCACAUAUCUUUUGAUCUAGAUUUACAAAUUUUCAAACACUGAUAACAUUAAGAUCUCAAUCUUUGUUUGAUAUCCAACAGAUCGACAAAGUAAGAUCGUAAGAAAAGUAUCCUUCCAACAUUUGAACUACAACAGGGUACUCUCAUUCAUUUUAAUAUCUAACCAACACAGUAUCAAUUUAAUUUUCGCUCUUUCAGAGAGCCUUGUUUGUGAUCUUUGUCAGACACAAAAAGAAGAGAUUGAAAGGAGGAACCGUACAAAGGCCUUUGUUCAUUCCGCUUAAAAAAAACCAUUAAACUCCCUGUGAAGAGUGUUCAUUCUCUUGUUGUUGU